CCAAACCCUAACCCCCUCCCCCCCCCCACACCCCGAGUCCCCUCCCAAUCCCACGACGCGGAUGGCGCCGUCGGUGCCGAAGAAGAAGCGCAAGGUGAACCUCCCGGAGAACGAGGAGGUCGCGGCCAGCAUCUUCGAGAAGCACCGCUCCAUGGCGGCGCAGCAGCCGGCCGGCCUCCCGGACCACCAGGCCCGCGCGCUCUCCGCCGCCUACACCGGCGUCUGCUCCGCCAAGGAGCCCAUCCGGACCCCCGGCGACCUGGCCCGUCUUAAGGGCGUUGGAGGUUGGGUUGUUGACGUCAUGAAAGACUCCUUUCCAGGGUCCAGCCUUGAUUCAUCUCCUCCGAGAAGUAAUACGCCAGGAGAAACGGGAAAGAAAAGAAAGCGAAACAAACCCUAUGUGCCACAGCUGAAUUCAGCUGCUUAUGCAAUAGUGAUCACACUCUACAGGGAAAUGAUAAGAGGGACGGAGAUUAUGAAGAAGCAAGAGCUUAUUGAUGCCGCUGAAGCCAGUGGUCUGUCGCGAAAGGCAAUAGGCCCAAACAACUACAAAUCAAAACACGGGAAUUCUGGUAGUGACUUCUACACUGGAUGGAGUUGCAUGAAAAACUUAACGGAAAAGGAUCUUGUUGUGAAAAAGAGUAACCCUGCAAAGUAUUACCUAACAGAAAAAGGCAAAGAGACUGCUCGCAUUUGUCUCACAAAGUCUGGAUUAGAUGAUCCUGCAGGACCUUUCACGGCGACCGGUCAUCCUGAAAGUGUUAUGCUCAGUGAUUCAGAUUCUGAUGAACAAGAAGGCAGCAGUCCCCUGAUAGGUUCCGAGAAUUUUUCUGAAAGGAGUGGACUUCCAAACUCAAAAGCAGGCAAUUCCAGUUCUUUUCCUACCAACAAUUGCCGUGCUACUAAUUCUCCUCUUUCAUCUCAAGGAAUGUUCGGACAGCAAUCAUUUAGUGCAAUGGGUUCUGCUGAAAACUCUCUACUAGCUAUGCCACCUCGUCAGUAUGAUAAAAGUUUUCUAGAUACUUAUGAAGUGGUGCUGAUAUUGGAUGAUCGAGAUACUUUUGGGGCCCGUGCCAGAAGAAAAGUUGUGGAUAACAUACACACGCAGUUUGGUGUACCUGUAAAGAUUAAACACUUGCCUGUUGGAGAUGCUCUUUGGAUUGCUCGCCAUAAACAACUUGGCACGGAGUAUGUUCUUGAUUUCAUUGUUGAAAGGAAAAAUGUGGAUGAUUUGCUUGGCUCAAUUAAAGACAACAGAUACAAAGAUCAAAAACUAAGACUGAAGAAAUGUGGGCUUAGGAAGCUAAUAUAUCUAGUUGAAGGGGAUCCAAACACUGUCGAUGGAUCAGAGAGCGUUAAAACAGCCUGCUUCACUACUGAGGUUCUUGAAGGAUUUGAUGUCCAAAGAACCAAUGGGUAUGCUGAUACUGAAAAGAAAUACGGCCACCUCACACGCUCUAUAAUUGAUUACUACAGAACAAACUUCUCUGCUGGUGCUGACACUUCUCGACUUUGCCUGACCUAUGAUGAGUUUGUGAAAAGGUCUUCUGACCUUGAGAAGGUCACUGUGAGCGACAUAUUCGCCCUUCAGCUUAUGCAGGUGCCACAGGUGACCGAAGAAGCUGCUCUUGCCGUGACGAGUCUCUACCCCACUAUCCUCUCGCUUGCCAGGGCGUACAAGAUGCUUGAUGGUGAUAGGCGUGCCCAAGAGGAGAUGCUGAAGAACAAGAGCAACAUGGUCAACGCGGGGGCUAGCAAGAACAUCUUCAAGCUCAUCUGGGUCGAAUGAUGAACUCCUCCCUGUAUGUACCUAGAUAGUUUAAACCUUAACGGCUUAACCGGUCGGUCUUUUGGUCACCGUCAUGAUGAGUUCAGCAGACCACCAUCGCAGCAGGAGUGACUUUCAAGUUUGGACGGCGAAAAGCAGGAGGGAUCCUUUCUCUGCUGUGUGCCUGUUGCCUCGCAAAACUGAAAGUAUCAGAUCAUGUAAUUACUGCACCUCCUAAAAAACGGCUUAGCGUAGCCUUGCUCCCCGUUUGAAUUACUACCAGUAGUAUGUUGUAGAAUUCCAUGCUGCACAUUAUGGAAGCAUUGUGUUAGCCUAGUGCAUUAGCGCUUCAUGUAUAUAUAGUAUUAGUAGCUCUUGACUCUGUCGCUUGCAUCGCGUGUUGUCUCGUGUCAUCUGGUUGCUUGCAUGGAUGCAAUCAAAUAAGAUGGAUGCAAUAGAAAUAA